UCGGUGACCGAACCCACGCCAACCCACGACUUUACACAACCCUGAAUUCCACUUCUCGUACACUUCUGUCCGGCUCCGAGUUCUUACUCAUAACGCCUCUCAGUUCUUUGUCAUCUACUCGUCUACAAACACCCAAAUCCACCAAUAAAUCCUUAGCCGGAAGCCAUAAAUUCCCCCUUCAGUGCUUGAUCUGAAAAAUCUGAUACCCUAUAAUCAGAGAUUUCGCAUCAGACGACAAUGGCGAAAGGAGGAGUGUUGAGCGAAGGCGUGCUGAAGAAGAUCAUACUUUCCUACACCUAUGUCGCCAUAUGGAUCUUCCUAUCUUUCACUGUGAUUGUGUACAACAAGUACAUCUUGGACCGGAAAAUGUACAACUGGCCGUACCCAAUUUCUCUCACAAUGAUUCACAUGAGUUUUUGCUCUUCUUUGGCAUUUCUUCUGGUUCGCGUGUUCAAGGUAGUUGAACCUGUCACUAUGUCUUGGGAUCUUUAUUUGAAAUCUGUGGUACCAAUUGGGCUUCUUUAUUCGCUUUCACUAUGGCUUUCAAAUUCUGCGUAUAUCUAUCUCUCCGUGUCAUUCAUUCAAAUGCUCAAGGCCCUUAUGCCUGUGGCUGUGUAUAGUAUUGGGGUUCUUUCUAAGAAGGAGAUCUUUAAAUCGGAGACCAUGACGAAUAUGAUUUCGAUCUCUAUUGGGGUUGGUAUAGCUGCUUAUGGGGAGGCUAAAUUUGAUACUUGGGGAGUUAUACUGCAAUUGGGUGCUGUGGCUUUUGAGGCCACCAGGCUUGUUAUGAUCCAGAUCUUGCUUACUUCCAAGGGAAUAACCCUUAAUCCCAUAACUUCUCUCUAUUAUGUCGCACCCUGCUGCUUGAUUUUCUUGUUUUUCCCUUGGGUUUUCGUUGAGUAUCCUCUGUUGAAGGAGACCUCCAGCUUCCAUUUGGAUUAUUUCAUUUUUGGGACCAAUUCUCUCUGUGCGUUUGCGCUGAAUCUCGCGGUAUUCUUGCUAGUGGGAAAGACCUCUGCAUUGACCAUGAAUGUGGCUGGUGUAGUUAAAGAUUGGCUCUUGAUUGCUUUCUCAUGGUCUGUGAUUAAGGAUACUGUGACGCCAAUCAAUUUGCUUGGUUACGCGUUGGCCUUCAUGGGCGUUGCUUAUUAUAAUCACUCAAAGCUGCAGGCACUCAAGGCGAAAGAAGCAGAAAAGAAGGCUCAGCAACCUGAUGAGGAGGCUGGUAGGUUGCUGGAGGAAAGUGAAGGCGAGAAUAAUGGUACUAAGAAGAACGAAUUACAGAAUUGAUUUAAUAUUAGAUCCUUUAUUUAAUGCUGUUUCGGUAGGAUGAGUCACGGAGCAAAGAGAAGAAUGAAGAUUAGACAACGCAUUCUGAGAAGUCUAGGUUCUAUUUUGGGUAUGCUAUCUUAGAAAUUUACUCCAUGUCUUUUGUCAUUCUAAUUUAAUUGUUUGAUUAGCUUUAUUAGUUUUUGCAUCAUGUUACUUGGAAUGUGAAGUUGCUCUAUGUAUGUUUCUUGAGAAUGACUUGAGGCUCACUAUGGACAACUCUUUCUGAUAUGAUAUUUAUAAUAACAAAUCUCUUCUUUAGUAGAGUUUUA